GAGAGAGUCGAGAUCGACACUGCUACACCUAGAGGCUUCUGAUGAAAACCCUCAGACGACUGGUCAUGAUGAGGCAAAGACAACUUUACUUUGCUGUGAUCCUGGCGGCAAGCUUAACCUUAGUAUCUGGAGCUGUCAUCACUGGGGUUUGCGAAAAUGACGUUCAGUGCAUCGCUGGCGGGACCAGGGACAGCUGCUGUUCCCGCUGGAGCCCGCUAGGUGCCGUGUACGUCUGCAAGACCAUGGGGAAGAGGGGGGAGCCGUGCCACGUCAAGGCGGAGGAGCUGCCGUACCCGCUGGACGGGAAGCACCGCUUCUGGCACUGCCCGUGUACGGACGGGCUGAUGUGUGUGUCCGGGGACGGCGCCAGGGUCGGACUGUGCAUGUAACCAGAAGAAAUCCACGUAACUGUCAGGAGAGACAAAUAUCAGUCAGGCAGCAGAUACUACUGGAAAAAGGAAAAGUUUAAAAUGAAGAUGACAGAACCAAAGCUCCACCCAUAACUGAGUUUAGGAAUAUUUUAGGUAGAGAAAUAAGAUGUGCGACCGGUAGAGAAAUGUUAACAUAUUGAGAAUGCGAAUAUAUGUAAUAUUGGUAACUUGCAGAUUGGGGUAGAGUAUCCUAAGGAUGUGUUCUUCGGGCCAAUAUGACAAUGUUUGUUUUCAAUACCAUAGGUUGCUUUAGAAGUGGAAUCGGUUGAUGUUUCUGAAUUAUGAAUGUUUAUGAUGUUUAUGAAAAGCGUUAUGACUAAAAAAAUGACAGUAUCUAUAGAUACAAACACUAGAAGUAAAUGAUGACAGCUCU